AUGAGUGAUUCUGACUCUAUAUCGAGUGGUAAGGAACAAAGGUCUUAUACAGGAGACAACAAUCGUUCUACUCUUCAAAGAAUAGCAACGUCUCAGUCUGCAAUUCAUAAAAUAGUUUCAGCUUUGGAAGAAGGAGCGGGAGCACUUGGCGAAUUAGAGCAACCUUAUGACGUAAAAAGGGUACGUACUCACCCUGAUAUAAAUUCUGUGCCUCAUCCUGAAGACCCUUGGAGUUACUUGGUGGACAGUGAUACCGGAUUACGUAUAGUUGAAUUUGUUGAAAAUGAUGACAAAAAUCCCAAGAAUAUUUCAAAUUCUACAAAGUGGAUAUAUACCUUUCUCUUAGGUUCAAUUUGUUUUGUCGUUGCGCUCGGUUCUGCUAUCGUCACAGGUGAUUUGGAGCGUCCUAGAGAAUAUCUUGGUGUUUCAGAAGAAGUUAUAAUUUUAGCAUCUGUCACUAUGUUUGUGCUAGGAUUCGGUUUGGGGCCGUGCAUCUUUGCCCCCUUAUCUGAAGAAAUUGGUAGAAAGGCUGUGUAUGCGUCUACGUUACUAAUAGCACUUGUAUUUAUUGUUCCUUGUGCCUUGGCUAAGAAUAUUGAAACUUUAUUGAUUUGUAGAUUGAUUGAUGGUAUCGCCUUUUCUGCACCAAUGACUUUGAUCGGAGGUUCUUUGGCAGACAUAUGGCAUGCUGAUCAAAGAGGACAGGCAAUGGCAGUCUUUUCUGCGGCUCCAUUUUUAGGGCCAGUCAUGGGUCCCAUCUUUGGAGGGUUGCUAGCUGAUAACUCAAGUACUUGGAGAUGGACUUACUGGACCUUUUUAAUCAUCGCUUCAUUCUUCUACAUUGUGUUCAUAUUAGUUAUCCCAGAAACUCAUGCUAAUACUAUUUUAAAGAAAAGAUCUAAGUAUUUGAGAAAAUUAACUGGUGAUGAAUCAUACUCUACCUUAAGUGAGUUGAAAGUUAGAUCUCUAGCACAGAUAGCAGAAGAGUCUUGUUUGAGACCAUUCAUUUUAUUAAAAGAAUUGAUCGUCACCUUAAUUACAUUGUACAUGUCUGUUAUCUACGGUUUGUUGUACAUGUUUUUCUUUGCUUUCCCUAUUGUUUACAUGGAAGGUAAAGGCUGGUCUGCUUCGAAGACGGGGAUUAUGUUUAUUCCUAUUGGUGUUGGUGUUAUAUUUUCAACAGUAGUUGCACCAUUCAUUAACAAAGAUUAUAAUAGAAGAGCUCAAGUAUACAUUGAAAGAGGUGAACUUCCGCCUGCAGAACUAAGGUUGAUCCCAAUGAUGAUUGGGUGUUGGUUCAUUCCAAGUGGUUUAUUUGCAUUUGCAUGGUCUUCUUACCCAAGUGUUUCAUGGGCAGGACCUUGUUUCAGUGGAUUCGCAGUUGGCUUUGGGUUCUGUACUUUAUAUAAUCCGGCAAAUAAUUACCUUGUUGAUUCCUAUCAACAUUAUGCAGCUUCAGCCCUAGCUGCUAAAACUUUAGUGAGGUCCAUAUGGGGUGCAUGUGUGCCUUUAUUUACCAUUCAAAUGUACCAUAAAUUGGGGUAUGAAUGGGCAACAACUUUAAUGGCAUUUAUUGCAUUGGCUUGUUGUGGUAUUCCUUUCUUGUUCUUUGUAUACGGUGCUAGGAUUAGAACAUUUUCAAAGUAUGCUUAUUCGCCUGAAAUGGAUAUGAAGAGAGAUGUCGAAAAUCAGAAGUAG